AACCCAGGCACACACACCCGUGUCAGGGAUGCACAGCCCUAAGCCCCCUUCUGUGACCUGCUCAGGUUCUAUAGCGAGAAGGGCCGUGUGGCGUCCAGCAGAAGCUCUGCCGUGCCAGCAACUGGACCCUCUACUGGGGAAGCAGGUCUGAGCCUCAGCCCACAGCAAAGCCCUGGCCUGCCCUCCUUCUGAUGUCCAGGGGAAACCAGACCCCACCCUCUGAAGCCAUGGGCCCUUCCCGCUCUGCAGUCCUGUCCUCGAUGAGGCUCGGUCUGUGGUGGCUCCUUCUGAGCCCAGCAGGGUCAGCACAGCGAGCCUCCCGUACCCAAGCCGAGGACCGACUCUUCAAACACCUCUUUAGGGGCUACAACCGCUGGGCACGGCCAGUGCCCAACACCUCAGACGUGGUGAUCGUGCGCUUUGGGCUGUCCAUUGCCCAGCUCAUCGAUGUGGAUGAGAAGAACCAAAUGAUGACCACCAACGUCUGGCUAAAGCAGGAGUGGAAUGAUUACAAGCUGCACUGGAACCCGGCCGAUUUCGGCAACAUCACAUCCCUCCGGGUCCCUUCCGAGAUGAUCUGGAUCCCUGACAUUGUCCUCUACAACAAUGCAGAUGGGGAGUUUGCGGUGACCCACAUGACCAAGGCUCACCUCUUCUCCACGGGCACUGUGCACUGGGUGCCCCCGGCCAUCUACAAGAGCUCCUGCAGCAUCGACGUCACCUUCUUCCCCUUCGACCAGCAGAACUGCAAGAUGAAGUUUGGCUCCUGGACGUAUGACAAGGCCAAGAUCGACCUGGAGCAGACAGAGCAGACAGUGGACCUGAAGGACUACUGGGAGAGCGGCGAGUGGGCCAUCAUCAAUGCCACGGGCACCUACAACACCAAGAAGUACGACUGCUGCGCCGAGAUCUACCCCGACGUCACCUACUACUUCGUCAUCCGGCGCCUGCCCCUCUUCUACACCAUCAACCUCAUCAUCCCCUGCCUGCUCAUCUCCUGCCUCACGGUGCUUGUCUUCUACCUGCCCUCCGACUGUGGCGAGAAGAUCACGCUCUGCAUCUCCGUGCUGCUCUCGCUCACCGUCUUCCUCCUGCUCAUCACGGACAUCAUCCCCUCCACCUCCCUGGUCAUCCCGCUCAUCGGCGAGUACCUGCUCUUCACCAUGAUCUUCGUCACGCUCUCCAUCGUCAUCACGGUCUUUGUACUAAAUGUCCACCACCGCUCCCCCCGCACCCACACUAUGCCCCACUGGGUGCGGGUGGCCUUUCUGGGCUGUGUGCCCCGGUGGCUUCUGAUGAACCGGCCUGUGCCCCCCCUGGAGCCCCGUGACCCCCCAGAUCUGAAGCCCAGCUCCUCUCAUUACUGGCUGGAGACCAACGUGGAUGCGGAGGAAAGAGAGGAGGAAAAGGAGGAGGAAGACAGAUGGGGGUGGGCAGCUCACGUAUCCCCCUCCAUGGGUGUCCUCCAUGGCCACGGUGGUCUACAUCAGGGGGCCUCAGGGCCCAGGGUGGAGGUCCAGUUGCAGGAGGGCGGGCUUCUGCUGUCACCUCGCAUACAGAAGGCACUUGAAGGUGUGCACUAUAUUGCUGAUCACCUGCGAUCUGAGGAUGCUGACUCUUCGGUGAAGGAAGACUGGAAGUAUGUGGCCAUGGUCAUUGAUAGGAUAUUCCUCUGGUUGUUUAUCAUCGUCUGCUUCCUGGGGACCAUUGGACUCUUUCUCCCUCCAUUCCUGGCUGGAAUGAUCUGAUUUCCUGUUCCUUGUUUUGGCCCAAAGGCGGCACUGCUUGACCAUCUUUAACCGCUGUCCCCUCUAGAGAACACCUUUGGGGUCAACACCAUCUGCCUGCAGGUGCCUCUCUGUGGAGUCCUUACACUGGCCUAAUCAUCAAAGACUCCUUGGGUCAAUUCACUUGACGUUACUGUAUUAUGUGCUGAGAAUCUGCUGGGCACAGAGCCCUGCUUUGGAUGCUGACGAGCUAGGAAAUAAGGAAUUUGCUUUGAAGAAGAUUACAAUAUGGUGGUGACGGUGCAAAGCCACAUAAGAUUCUCUGGCAGGGGCCAGGAAGACACUAACAGGAGGUCCAAGCAGAGUGAUCCAGCGGGGAGAGUCACAGACCUCAAAGGAUGGGUGCAUGGGGAAGAGGGGAGAGGGUGCUUCUGGGGGUGGAAAGGCUGUGAACAGCACUUUGGAUUCAGGAAUGAGCACGAAGUGUCUAGGAGAACAGGCAGGCUGAGAUGGGGCUCCGGGGUGGGAGCAGUGGGAGGAGCUUGGAAAGGCAGGUUAGGGUGUCUUUGAACCAUGUAGAAAAGCAAGUUCACAUUCUGAUCCUGCAGGUCUAACAGUAGGAUGGUAAAGACUCUUCUGGAAGGAGAGAAAGGGGGAAGUGGGGCCACAGGUGGCGGUAUAGGUUAGGGCCUCUAGGUGGUGGAGGGAUGUGUGGUUGGAUGCAGGUAGCUGGGCCAUCCCACCUUCCUGGAAGCUCAUUGGAACCCCUGGCUUCUCCUCACCUUUAGCCACACCCCCUGCUACAAACUGGCUCAGCACCAGCGGCCCCAAGACGUUUGGCAGCGCUGAGAGUCCCUGUCUUCGGGGGUGCCAUCUGGCCUUGAAUGCAUAUUAACAAACCAGGAAGCUAUCCUGAGCCAUUCUUGACUAACUCAAGCUCGCAGCUUGCUCCCCCCAACCCUCUACAGGACACGUGGUGCUCGACGCUCGGGACCUUUGCUCCCAGUGACUGACGGGAACGAGCUGGAUCACUCUGCACCUCGAGACUGCUGUGUAAAGGCAGAAGCUGCAGGCCUGCUUCCCUUUCCCAGCCUGGCCUCCUGUUCCUUCCCGAAGUCCCGCAGUGGCUUCUGAGCUGCUCUGUGCAGCCAUGGAACCCUCACACCUUGGGAUCCGGCAAUCUGCACCCCUCGGCCACAUGCUGGAACCUGGAAGAGCUCCUGCCCCAGGAUCAGGCCUCACCCCUGCCUGUCCAGCCCCUGGAGGGCAGAACCUCAGCCGCUGAUGGAUGCAGACGGACACUGGGCUCUCCAGACAGCCUGGGGACCCCGGAGAGGAGGCCGAGCAGGGCGAACUUCCAGCUUCCCUUUGGGCUCUGGGGUACCCUCCUUCCAAACCCCCCACUCACCUCUCCCUGACAGACACAGAGGAAAUCUGCAAUGCCUCGGCCCAGCCCCCCGCUCCUCAGUUCUUCCCAAGACUUGGUGACACAUCUGGUUUCUGGCUCCUCUUAGCUCCCGUGGGGGCAGCCUCCCAGCCUCCCUUCUCCUCCCUCCUGGCUCUCCCCGACCCGAUCUCCUGUGCCGUGAUGUUCCCUCAUGCUAGCCCAUCUCCCAUCCACCUUGCAUGUGAGUAAAGAGAUGAAAUAUGA